UUGGGUUAAAUCUGUUCAAGGAUGCUCCGCGCAAGUGAGCAACUUCACUUUCAGAAAAUCCAGAGACACUCUGUAUCUUUGCGGUUGGGUGGAGACAAGUUGCAGCAGUCAUGUCAAACUCGGACAGGGUGGUGUUGGCUCUCGGAGGAGCGGGGACGGUGGGCUCUGGGAUCGUUAAAGCGCUGCUGGAUAAAGGUUUUAAAGUUGCUGUGAUCUCCAGAGACAGCAGUCGGCUCGACAGACUCCGGUCAUUUGUCUCUCCUAACACCAAGGACAACCUCACCACUAUAGUGGGCAACGUGGGUUCAGAGGAAGGUGCAGAGAAGGCGAAGCAGGCUCUGCUGAAGGAGGUGGGGAAGGUGACCGAUAUCGUUUCUUCUCUGGGCUUCAGUUGGUGGCAGGGAGGCCCCCCUCACACCCAGACCCUCAAAGACCUUCACUGGGUUAUCGAGACAUUACUAUUCAGCACAUUUGUGGCGUGGAAGGCGUUCUUCCCCCUGGUGAGGGACAACUCGGACUGUACCUACACCUUAAUCACAGGAGGAGCUGGAGAGAAGCUGCUGAUGCCGGGAACCGGCUUCCUGACGGUGGGAGCUGCCAGCACUCUGGCUUUCUGUCAGGUGCUCCGAGAGGAAUACCCCGACGUGCCCUGCAAACUCAACCAGGUAAAGAUCAACACAGGUGUAGCCACUCCAGAGCGUAUGGCCCCAGGCUACCUGAACCACCUCGAUCUGGGGGAGGCCGUCACCACCCUUGUGGAGAGAGGGAGCAGCUCCCACACGGUUUUCACCAUCAACUGCCCUGCAGACCUAAAGACUGUGCUCCUGGAGGGGAACCUUUAAACCCAAAGCCCCAUCAUGCAGCCUGGCCUGGUCUUUAGGGGGCAUGCUCAUGUCUUCCACUCCUCCAGACACACACCUUUGGUUUACUCGCUCACAACUCUGAACCCCAUCUGUGCUUUUGUUAAAGUCCUGCCUGUUCGGUGAUUCUCAGCAUUUGCUCUGCAUGCUCUCUUCAGAUUUAUAUCGUUUAAAGGUGUGGAACACUGAAAAAUAGGUUUUAAUGAUUAUUUCUUACUAUAACGGGUCACUGUUUCAUGUAGGCUGAACAUGAAAAUAGUCUCCUACACCUAUCUCCUGCAUUAGCGUCUGAUAGAAAAUAGACGGUGAAACUCUAGGAUUAGAAAAUUCAGACGGCUCUACGUCACCCUGUCACUAACAUUCAUGGACUCACCCAUCUGGACUCACGACGGGGAAGGCUGUUGUUGGUUCAGCGUCCGGGAAACAGCAGAGGACGUCUCGGCUAGAAGAAGCUAACAGAUAGCAUUAGCAACUGCACCACACAGCAAAACGCCUCCAGGCUUGUGUUAUUUGUGGAGAUAAAACAUCAACGUUGCAGAGAAAACUGUCAGCGCUAGAGUCGUGUUGCUGUUAGCCAAUUAGAGGCGAGACGUCCAUGUAUCAGGAAGUAGGACUCCAAAUCCGGUCGUCUGAAGCUCGUCUCUGAUCCGACAGUUUUGUAGAUCCUGAAACCGGCGACCAGAGCUUUUUGUACCCAGAGUACGACAGACAAGGCAUCAUUCCUACUAGAGACCUCUGCAAACGUAUUCAUUAAACGAGUGAACGACACCUUUAAAAAACUCAAACAGCUUCUGUAAACUCUUCGGUUCUGCAGAACAAAUUUACAUCGAAGGCGGAUUUACAGAAUGACACAAGUUUACACUCGUCGAGUAAAAAGUGUUCAGUGGAAGUGCUUCUGUCAGACGAGGGUGAUAAAUCCACUUCACAGUUAAACGCUCGAACAUUUCGGACACUUUAAAGCCGUUAAGCUUUGCAGGACUUUGACAAACUGUCAGAUUAUUAAAACAUUGUUGGAGCACGGAGAAAGGUUUUCAGACACAUUUGCAAUUUGGUUUUUUAUCCACACAAAGAGCAAAACAGAAUAAGAUUCAAGAUCAUUUUAUCUCCUGUAGAGCUUCGAUUGGGAGCAACUUCCAAGUUUAAAUAUGCAGCAUUUUGCAUUAAAGCACCAAUAAAAUGAUGUCAAGCGAUCA